CACUUCAUUUACUACCUAUUGACCCUUCACGUUCAGUACUUCAUUCACUACCUAUUGACUCUUCACGUUCAGCACUUCAAUCAUUACCUAUUGGUCAUUCACGCCCAGUACUUCAUUCAUUACCUAUUGACCAUUCACGUUCAGAACUUCAUUCAUUGCCUAUUGAUCCUUCACGUUCAGCACUUCAAUCAUUACCUAUUGAUCAUUCACGCCCAGUACUUCAUUCAUUACCUAUUGACCAUUCACGUUCAGUAAUUCAUUCACCACCUAUUGACCUUUAA